GAUGGUUUAUGGAGCUAAAACGCGAAAGUCAAGCUAGCUAACAGGAGGCCAUGGUUUGCUGACGUGAUAGUGCAAGCUAAAAAUAAACUUGAAGCUGAAAGUCUCCCAAUCGAUUGCUAGUGUGCUAACUGCAGAGUGUCAGUCAGACAAACCAAAAUGAGUCUGGAUAAAGCAAAGCUAUGCGAUUCGUUACUAAAUUGGCUACAGACAUUUCAGGUGCCUUCAUGCACCAGCAAGCAGGACCUGAUGAGCGGAGUGGCUAUUGCACACGUUCUACACAGGAUAGACCCCUCCUGGUUUAAUGAGGCAUGGCUGGGCAGGAUCAAGGAGGAGAGUGAGGCCAACUGGCGCCUCAAGGUCAGCAACCUGAAGAAGAUUCUUCAGAGCAUGCUUGAGUAUUACCAUGAUGUGCUUGGCCACCAGGUAGCAGACGUGCACCUGCCAGACAUCAAUCUGAUUGGGGAGUUUGGAGAUGUGACUGAACUUGGGAAGCUGGUGCAGUUGGUGCUUGGCUGUGCUGUCAGCUGUGAGAAAAAGCAAGAGCAAAUCCAGCAGAUAAUGACCCUGGAGGAGUCUGUCCAGCAUGUUGUCAUGACAGCCAUACAGGAGCUCCUAGCUAAAGAGCCAACUGUUCCAGGAAGUCCUGAGACCUACGGGGACUUUGACUACCAGUCCAGGAAGUAUUAUUUUCUCAGUGAGGAGGUGGAGGCGAAGGAGGAUCUGGGCCAGCGCUGUCGGGACCUGGAGCACCAGUUGGCAGCCGUCCUGGAGGAGAAGUCGUCCCUGCAGGUGGAGACACAGUCCCUGAGGGAGAAGCUCAGCCUCAGUGACCCACAGGAUGCUUCUACCACCAUCACUGGCAAGAAGCUGCUGCUGCUGCAGAGCCAGAUGGAGCAGCUACAGGAGGAGAAUUACAGACUAGAGAACAGCCGAGAUGACAUGCGUGUGCGAGGGGAGAUUCUGGAGCGUGACGUUUUGGACCUCACUCACCGUAACGAUGAACUGACCAGCCUCGCCCAGGAGGCCCAGUCUCUCAAAGAUGAGAUGGACAUCCUCCGGCAUUCGUCUGACCGAGUGAGCCGGCUGGAGGCGCUGGUAGAGACGUACAAGCGCAAGCUGGAGGACCUGGGGGACCUGCGCAGACAGGUGCGUCUGCUGGAGGAGCGCAACACUGUCUACAUGCAGCGCACAUGUGAGCUGGAGGAGGAGCUACGCAGGGCCAACUCAGUCCGCAUCCAGCUGGACACCUACAAGAGACAGGUCCAUGAGCUUCACACCAAGCAUUCGUCAGAGGCACUGAAGGCUGAGAAGUGGCAGUUUGAGUACAAGAACCUUCAGGACAAGUAUGACGCCCUGCUUAAGGAGAAAGAGCGUUUGAUCUCAGAGCGAGACACACUACGGGAAACCAAUGAUGAGCUCAGGUGUGCACAGGUCCAACAGAAGGGCCUCAAUCAACCAGGUGGAUUAUGUGAGGACUCUGGCACAGUGGGAAACCUGGCCUCCGAGAUGAUGCCCACAGAGUUCAAGGAGACGGUGGUGCGUCUGCAGAGUGAGAACAAGAUGCUGUGUGUCCAGGAGGAGAGCUACAGACAGAGACUGGUGGAGGUACAGGGUCAGCUGGAGGAGUCUCAACGCAGCCAGAACACCCUGGAGACACAAAUCAGGUUGAACCAGCAGCAGAUCUCUGAGCUGCGGUCCCAGGUAGAGGAUCUCCAGAAGGCUCUACAGGAGCAGGGCAGCAAGGCUGAGGAUUCCUCCCUGCUGAAGAAGAAGCUUGAGGAGCACCUGGAGAAGCUCCAUGAGGCCCACUCAGACCUGCAGAAGAAGAGAGAGGUCAUUGAUGACCUGGAGCCAAAAGCGGACGGCAACAUGGCGAAGAAGAUCGAUGAGCUGCAGGAGAUCCUGAAGAAGAAGGAUGAGGAUAUGAAGCUGAUGGAGCAACGCUACAAGCGCUAUGUGGAGAAGGCCAGGACGGUGAUCAAGACUCUGGACCCCAAGCAGCCGCCUCUGACUGUGUCUCCUGAUGUUCAGGCCCUCAAGAACCAGUUGACUGAGAGAGACCGGAAGAUCCAGCACCUGGAGCAUGACUGUGAGAAGAGCAGGUCCAGACAUGACCAGGAGGAGAAACUCAUCAUCAGUGCCUGGUACAACAUGGUGAGGUAUGGCCCUGCAUCAGAAGGUGGUGGGAGAGCGGUCGGGUCCGUCCAACCAGGCCCAGUCCUUCUUGGCCCAGCAGAGGCAGUCCACCCACGCCAGGAGAGGCCUCGCAGCCCGCCACCAGCCCAGAUAAGACAUAUCAACUCUGGGGGAGGAUGUGAAAAUGAGGCAAAACAUUGUCUAUAUCUUAGUGUUCACUUCUUCCGUACUCCCACUCUCACUGCUCUGAUGCCUUCUCCUCUUGGUGUUUUGUGAAGAUUGCUGCUGCUGCCCCCUGCUGGGCAUCUCUAUUACAUGAUUUUCUGGAGUGUCCGUAAUGCAGAGCUACUUAAUGCACCUUCAAGUGCUUUCAAAGCUGCCAGGACUUUUGAACAAAGAUGAGUCUUGGGUCUAAAUGAGAGCUGGAAUGAAGGAACAUGAAGUGGAUAGAAAGAAGCUGAGUGACUAAUCCUUUGUCAUGGAAUUCUUAGACAAUGUUUGUCAUUCAGUCCCUCCAUUUCUUUCAAGCCCUCUUUUUAGCUAUAAUGUAUUUGAUGUUUUCUAGGACAUUAUGAGUAUCAAUGCUUUGGAAGGCCACAAUGAUGACCGAGAUGGAAAGGGAUGAUUUCUGCUGUCAAUAGGGCAGGGGUCUUUACCUUCCCCCUACUACUACUACUAUAUAUUUUCACCCUUAUUGUCCAGCCCACUGCCAAGCUAAAUAGAUAUUAUCCUCUUACUCUGACAUGGAAACACUAAGAGACACCUAUGGGUUGACAUCAUGGUGAAUUUGUGCGAUUUGUAUUAAUUUGUGCCCAAGUCAUUUGGAGAUUCUGUCUUGUGCUGUGUCUCUUGACACUUUUAAAUGUACUUGGGGAGAGAGACUGGUGAAGCGCUAGAACAGGGGUGUCAUCUGGAUCCGGGGGGGGGGGUGUACUCGAUAUUCUUUUUCAAUGAUUAAAACCAAGUUUGAAACUGUAGAAAUGAUAAUGGACCUACAUUCAUACAGUUUAUUGACUGUCCAGCUCACUAAUAAUCAUCAAAAUGACAGUCAGGGAGCAUCACUUUUUGCCAAUUUUGACGGCGAGGAAAUGUUGUUGAAGACCGACUGUGGCCCCGGGGAAAAAUGGGUUUGGCGCCCCUGAUCUAGAAGAGCUCAAUAAUACGUCUUCGAUAUGAGAGGAACACAUUUUCUCUGCACACACAGUCAUGACCUCUUUAUUUCUCUGUGUUUACUCUUUCAAGCUGUAUCUACUUGAUUUUUCUUCAUUUGUUAUGAGUUGUUUUAUUGUUUGAAGAGCAGGAAGAAUAGCUUUCUAGACAUUUUUUUUUUUCUUUUUCUAAAUGAACCUCCGCAUUUUGUAGUUAGUCUGUAUAAUAAUGUACAGAAAAGCACUCCCUCCCUUUUGAUUAUGGUUCAUUUCCUCUGUUAACCGAUCUACUUUUAAAGACUUUUGUAUCAAAUUCCUGUGUGGUGUUCACAUGUAAUGGUAGAAGUUCAGAAAGACUAGAAGAUAUGGGUCGUCUUCUGUCAGGACCGUUUGACUGGUAGUAUUCACACAGUCUAUUGAACAAGGUUUUGUUUCAAGUUGUAAUAUGGGAAUUUAUUCUUUGAAUGAUGGACUAGGUGUUGUUCUUUUUAACUUUAAUUUAUCCCCUCUAAAGAGUUACAGGGUGUUUUUAAGAAUUAUAUAAUUGGUUGCACACAUCACUUUAGACUGAUGUGAAUGUAGGAAACCGCUGGUGCUUGUGAGAACCAGAAUGUGGGGUUAUUGAUUCACAUUUAAUUGAUAUGUGGGGGAAAUCUGGCCACACUGGAGGUUGUUAUUGUGUAAUCCUGAAGGGAAAUAAGGUUUCAAGGUAGCAAUGGUAUGUAGCUUUUCUCUCGUUCUCAGCAGAAACACUCAACUAUAGAUGCUUCUGUUCGCUGACACUGGAACUUACCUAGCUAAUGAACAGACAAUGUGUGCUCUUUUAAUGUCAGAAUUAUUUACAACUGAAUUUAUGUACAUUUUUACCUAUCAUUUUCUCAAGAUGAACCUGUGAAGAACAGUGCUAUUGUUGAACACUACAUCUAUCUGAUUACUUUGACAGUAUCCACUUAAACAUGGAACUUCUUUUUGGUACCCAAACUGCUCUCUAUGACUUGUACCUAACCCUCUUAAGUGUCUAACUAUCUGUGCAAUGUUAUUUACCAGGCUAUGAAACCACAACUGUGUGUACAUUUAACUUCACUUAGUGUUUUACUCUUUAAGUAGAUUUGGUGUUUAUUUGGUAUUAAAUCAGGAAGUCUGACUUUUAAUUUCAAAGUAGUAAAUCAACAUUCCAACUGAACUGUUAUGUUCUAGUACUGAGAUGGGGCCUGCGCAAUUCAACCUGUCGUUGUCGUGACUGGAAAUCUGUCAAUGUACUGUCCAAUUGCAGUAUAACUUGACACUGUCCAUUAGCAAUAUAUUACAAUUGGUAUUUACCAUCACAAAUUGGACAUGCAGUUAAAGGGCUUAAACUCUACUGAACAAAUAUAAACGCCACAUGCAAAGUGUUGGUUUCAUGAGCUGAAAUAAAAGAUCCCAUAUGUUCAAUACGCACAUCUCUCAAAUGUUGUGCACAAAUUUAUUUACAUUCCUGUUAGUAAACAUUUCUCCUUUGCCAAGACAAUCCAUCCACCUGACAGGGGUGGCAUAUCAAGAAGCUGAUUAAAGUGCAUGAUCAUUACAAAGGUGCACCUUGUCCUGGGGACAAGAAAAGGCCACUAAAAUGUACAGUUUUGUGACAACACAAUGCCAUAGAUGUCUCAAGUUUUGAGGGAGCGUGCAAUUGGCAUGCUUACUGCAGGAAUGUCCUACAGAGCUUUUGCCAGAGAAUUGAAUGUACAUUUUUCUACCAAUGUUGUUUUAGACAAUUUGGCAGUAUGUCCAACAGGCCUCAUAACAGCAGACCACGUGUAUGAUGAUGUGUGGGUGAGCAGUUUACUGAUGACAACUUUGUGAACAGAGUGCUCCGUGGUGGGGUUAUGGUAGGGGCAGGCGUAAGCUACAGACAAUGAACACAAUUGCAUUUUAUCAAUGGCAAUUUGAAUGCACAGAGAUACCGUGACGAGAUCCUGAGACCAUUGUUGUGCCAUUCAUCUGCCAUCACCUCAUGUUUCAGCAUAAUAAUGCUCGGCCCCACGUUGCAAGGAUCUGUAGACAAUUCCUGGAAGCUGAACAUGUCCCCGUUCUUCCAUGGCCUGCAUACUCACCAAACAUGUCACCCAUUGAGCAUGUUUGGAAGCUCUGGAUUGACAGGUACAACAGCGUGUUCCAGUUCCCGCCCAAUAUCCAGCAACAUCACACAUGUCCAUUAACAAUAUACAGUAUGAGUCAAGCAGUGUUUCCUCUCCCUCACUCUUAGGUGGUCAUUUCAGUCUGUCCAUUUCGUGAUGGUAAAUCCCUAUUCAAAUAUACUGGCAAUGGACACUGUCCAAUUGCAGUAUAACAUGUUGAAACUGGCAAUAUACUGUAAAUGUAAUGGACAUAUCGCAAUGGGCAUUUACCAUCACUAAUUGGACAUGCUGUUACAUUGCUGAAACGCCGACCCGUUGAACUCGGGACGGCCUAACAGUGCUAGAGAUUCCUCUCCCUCGUUUGUUGGUGUUGAUUUCAGCCUGUCAUUUUGAUGAUGGUAAAUCACUGCUUAAAUAUAUUGGAAAUGGACAGUGUCUUUUAGACAUGAUAUAAGGCCAGUACCAACAUUUGCAGUAUGAAAUGUUGGCACUGGCAAUAUACACUACAAAACUGUGGACACCUGCUCAUCAAACAUCUCAUUCCAAAAUCAUGGGCAUUAAUAUGAACUUGGUCCCCCCUUUUGCUAUACAGCCUCCACUCUUCUAGGAAGCCUUUUCACUAGAUGUUGUAACAUUGCUGCAUGAACUGGCUUCCAUUCAGCCACGAGCAUUAGUGAGGGUGGGUACUGAUGUUGGCCGAUUAGGCCUGGCUCGCAGUCUGCGUUCCAAUUAAUCCCAAAGGUGUUCGAUGGGGUUGAGGUCAGAUUGUGCAGGCUAGCCAGGUUCUUCCACACUGAUCUCAACAAACCAUUUCUGUAUGGACCUCACUUUGUGCACAGGGGCUUUGUCAUGCUAAAACAGGAAAGGGCCUUCGACAAACUUGGACGCACAGGAUCUUCUAGAAUGUAAUUUGUAUGCUGUAGUAUUAAGAUGUCCCUUCACUGGAACCAAGGGGUCUAACCCGAACCAGGAAAAACAGCCCCAGACCAUUAUUCACUAUGAAGUGGGGCAGGUAGCGUUCUCCUGGUAUCUGCAAAACCCAGAUUUGGCUGUCGGACUGCCAGAUGGUGACGUUUGAUUCAUCACUCCAGAGAAUGUGUUUUUACUGCUCCAGAGUCCAAUGGCCCUACCCUUUAUACCACUCCAUCUGACGCUUGGCAUUGUGCAUGGUGAUCUUAGACUUGUUGGAAAGGUGGCAUCCUAUGAUGGUGCCACGUUGAAAGUCCCUAAGCACUUCCGUUAGGCCAUUCUACUGCCAAUGUUUGUCUAUGGAGAUUUCAUGGCUAUGUGCUCGAAUUUAUAAACCUGUCAGCAACGGGUGUGGCUUAAAUAGCCGGAGCCACUAAUUUGAAGGGGUGUCCACAUACUUUUGUGUAUAAACUCAGCAAAAAAAAGAAACCUCUCUGUCAACUGUGUUUAUUUCCAGCAAACUGUGCAAAGUGUAAAUGUAUGAACAUAAGUAUCAACAACUGAAAAAUAAACUGAACAAGUUACAUAGACAUGUGACUAACAGAAAUUGAAUGUGUCCCUGAACAAAGGGGGGGUCAAAAUCAAAAGUAACUGUCAGUAAUCUAGUGUGGCCACCAGCUGCAUGAAGUACUGCAGUGCAUCUCCUCCUCAUGACCUGUACCAGAUUUGCCAGUGCUUGCUGUGAGAUGUUACCCCACUAUUCCACCAAGGCACCUGCACAUCUGUUCCCGGACAUUUCUGGGGGGAAUGGCCCUAGCCCUCACCCUUCGAUCCAACAGGUCCCAGACGUACUCAAUGGGAUUGAGAUCCGGGCUCUUCGCUGGACAUGGUAGAACACGGAUAUUCCUAUCUUGCAGGAAAUCACGCACAGAACGAGCAGUAUGGCUGGUGGCAUUGUCAUGCUGGAGGGUCAUGUCAGGAUGAACCUGCAGGAAGGGUACCACAUGAGGGAGGAGGAUGUCUUCCCUGUAACACACAGCGUUGAGAUUGCCUGCAAUGACAACAAGCUCAGUCCGAUGAUGCUGUGACACACCGCCCCAGACCAUGACGGGCUCUCCACCUCCAAAUCGAUCCAGCUCCAGAGUACAUGCCUCGGUAUAACGCUCAUUACUUGCCGGUGAAGAGCACUUUUUGCCAGUCUUGUCUGGUCCAGCGAAGGUGGGUUUGUGCCCAUGGGCGACGUUGUUGCCGGUGAUGUCUGGUGAGGACCUGCCUUACAACAGGCCUACAAGACCUCAGUCCAGCCUCUCUCAGCCUAUUGCGGACAGUCUGAGCACUGAUGGAGGGAUUGUGCAUUCCUGGUGUAAUUCGGGCAGUUGUUUCCAUCCUGUACCUGUCCCGCAGGUGUGAUGUUCGGAUGUACCAAUCCUGUGCAGGUGUUACACGUGGGCUGCCACUGCGAGGACUAUCUGCUGUCCGUCCUGGCUCCCUGUAGCACUGUCUUAGGCGUCUCACCGUACGGACAUUGCAAUUUAUUGUCCUGGCCACAUCUGCAUGCCUCCUUGCAGCAUGCCUAUGGCACAUUCACGCAGACGAACAGGGACCCUGGGCAUCUUUCUUUAGGAGUUUUUCAGAGUCAGUAGAAAGGCCUCUUUAGUGUCCUAAGUUUUCAUAACUGUGACCUUAAUUGCCAACCGUCUGUAAGCUGUUAGUGUCUUAACGACCGUUCCACAGGUGCAUGUUCAUGAAUUGUUUAUGGUUCAUUGAACAAGCAGGGAAACAGUGUUUAAACCCUUUACAAUGAAGAUCAGUGAAGUUACUUGGAUUUUUACUAAUUAUCUUUGAAAGACAGGGUCUUGAAAAGGGACGCUUCUUUUUUUGCUGAGUUUUUAUAGCAUAGGUCCUGCCGCCAGAUAGGUAGGGCCAGUCGGCCAGACCUACCUACCUGUUGGGCCGACUAAUCCAAACUGGCCAAAAAAGGUGAAGCACAACGAAAUCAGGGAAGAUCAGAUAAAGGAUUGUUUGUCUAGAAAUCAAAUCAAAUAGGGAGGUCUCGCAAGACAACUGGAAUGCUGGGCCAGCCAUUCUUAAAUAGCCCCUAGGCCAGCACAGGUGAAACACCUUCCUUCUAAUGAGAUGACCAACCAGCACAGGUGUAAUACAGACUGACUAACAAAGGUGACACCAAUCGGUGCACCCCACUUGCUAAUGUCCAACCUUUAAAUAUGAAAUGGAAAAACCAAAUCCUGUAACACUGGUGAUUUUGCUACUGUCAAGCGUGUUUCAGUUUUUUUUAAAUGUAAUGUGCAGUAUCUAUGUAGGCUGAAUUUGUUAUGUAUUCUUAUGUUUGUCAUUUUUCUGCAUAACAUCCUACUCUCUUCCCAACAGCAGAAAUAUAUAUGUUGGUAGGGCAAGGCUAUGUAUGUGCACAUGGAAGUAAGUGGUUUAUGCUUACUAUAAGUUAAUGAGGCAAUACAAAUGUGAUGUGACUAAAAUAAAAGGACAUUUAGUUGACUAAACCACUAUUUGCAUCAUUUUGAAAAUAACUACAUUAAAUGAUCAUCUAGUGGAGAGCCUUCCCAGAAGAGUGGAGGCUGUUAUAGCUGUAAAGGGGGGAGGGACCAACUCUAUAUAAAUGCCCAUGAUUUUAGAAUGAGAUGUGUUGGGUACAUCUUAAACAACGUUAGUAGGUGGUGGAAGCAUGAUAAGGAUAUUUUAUUUGUCGAUAGAACCAGAUAGGCAGGCCGACUAGAUAGCUAUGUCCGGUCAGCUAGAUAGCUAGGUCCGGCCAGGUGGACCAUCUAAUCCAAUCUGUCCGGCCAACUGUUACAAAAUAAGGUCCAGCCGGAUUGGACCAGCCGGCCGACUGGUACUAGAUACUUAGCUAUCAGGCUGGACGGACCUACCUGGCCGGCCCGGACAGACCUACCAUGCAACCCAUCUCCACGCCUUGUACUAAGACACUGUAACCAUUUGCUGAAGUGUCAGGCAAAAGCAAAACACCCUCCUAAAUGAAGGACCCAAAACAUUGUUUUGUAACUCUAGCAUGCAUGGUGUGAAGGGCUUUGUGUUUUUAUUUUUAUAUCUGUCUGUUUCUUUGUAUAACUUUUUAAUCGGUGCAUAAAGGGUUAUAUUAAAAAAUAAGGUGAAGGACAAGUUUGUAGUCCAGUCUAUUUUGCACUACAAAUAAAAUGGGGACACCUGUAUUUGAAAAAGCCAGUGA